UCAGCUUUGACAGCGUUAACUUCGAUUUCGAAAUUAUAGCAACUAUUCCUCUUUGUUUCCGGAUUGUUCGACACGUUCGGUUGGUCUCUUUUCUCUUGUAAUCGUCGUCGAGUGCGGACGUCAAUCGCCCAAUAAUGACUUCCAAAGUAUCCAAGGACAUUCUCUACGAGUGUGUUAAUGAAGUGCUCAAGGGAGCCAAGAAGAAGCACCGUCGCUUUCUGGAAACGGUGGAGCUGCAAAUCGGCCUAAAGAACUACGAUCCCCAAAAGGACAAGCGUUUCUCCGGAACCGUCAAGCUAAAGUACAUUCCACGCCCGAAAAUGCAGGUGUGCGUCCUUGGCGACCAGCAGCAUUGCGAUGAAGCGAAGGCCAACGAAAUCCCGUACAUGGAUGCCGAAGCGUUGAAGAAGCUUAACAAAAAUAAGAAACUCGUCAAGAAGCUAGCCAAAAAGUACGACGCUUUCCUGGCCUCGGAAUCCCUUAUCAAGCAGAUUCCCCGUCUGCUCGGUCCGGGUUUGAACAAAGCCGGCAAGUUCCCUGGUCUGCUGGCGCACAGUGAAUCGAUGACCCAAAAGAUCGACGAAGUCAAAGCCACCAUUAAGUUCCAGAUGAAGAAGGUUCUGUGCCUGUCGGUUGCUGUUGGCCACGUGAAGAUGACCCCGGAUGAGCUAGCCCAGAAUGUGCAUCUGUCGAUCAAUUUCUUGGUUUCGCUGCUGAAGAAGCACUGGCAAAACGUACGUUCACUGCACAUUAAAUCCUCGAUGGGCGCUGCACAGAGAUUGUACUAAGCUAUCACUUGUUUGUGCCAUGAGGGUACAAACGGGUGGUUUUUGUAUGUAAGGAAGCAACCUGUUUACUGCAUUGAAUGGCAAUAAACGAUAUGGAAUAUA